AUGGCCUCGACCGCCCCCCUCACAGCGCCAUGUGCUGCUGUCUGCGUGAUCGCCAAUGAAGUUCUCACCGGAAAGACGCUCGACACCAACUCCAACUUCAUUGCGAAGCUCAUGUUACGUCGAGGCGUCGAUCUCAAGCGCGUAGUCGUGGUCCCCGACGAGGAGGACGCCAUUAUCAAGACUGUCCAGGAGCUGUCGGAUUUCGUGGGUCCGAGUGGCUACGUCUUCACAACGGGAGGCAUCGGACCCACACAUGACGACAUCACCUACGAAAGCAUUGCGAAAGCGUUCGGUGUGGGUGUAGAGCUCCACGAUGUAACUUUUGCUGCUUUGAAGAAGUUCGGAUACCCCAACAUUCAAGUUGAUGACAGUGUCAAGCGUAUGGCGAUUUUACCCGUAGGUUGCAAGCUGCUGCCGUCGUCUGGCUGGACUCCAAUUGCAGUUCUACACAAUGUGUACAUCCUACCUGGAAUCCCGUCCAUGGUCAAGGACAUGCUGACUUGUAACGAAGAACACUUUGUCGGCGUGCCCAUCCACCGGGUCAUUGUGAACACGCUGGAGUACGAAGGCACCAUUGCAUCCUCCCUCAAAAAGGUGCAGAAUGAACACCCGGGCGUCAUUCUGGGCAGCUACGUGAACCUGACAGAGGAAAAAACAGGGACGCGCGACACGAGCUUCAACACGCGUCUGACAGUGGAAGGUCGCGACGCAGAGGAAGUGAAGCAGGUUGGAGACAAGUUGAUCGAGCUGUACAAGGGCACGAACGCAGACCCCACAGCGGCCGUUUAAGUCAACCAAUUUUACGGCUUGCUGACUGUGCUUUCAA